AUGGCUCCAGCAACCAAGCACCACCUGCUUCUCUUCGGAGACCAGACUGACGACAUCACCGGAACUAUCGCACAGCUCUAUGCCGAUAGCAGGUACUCCAAGCUCCUCGCCGACUUCCUUCGGAGAGCGUCCGAUGUUCUCCAGGUGGAGCUCGGACACAUGGACCCGGCCUUCCGGUCCGAGGUACCCCCUUUCGAAUCCAUCCAGCAGAUGGCCGAGGAACACGCCAAGACGGAUGGAUCUCCCGUCUUCCAGUCCUGUUUGCUGUCCUACAUUGCUCGUGUAGGAGAGCUUAUCAUCCGGGCGGAACGGGACCACACUCUUCUCACAUCCGACAGGACAGUGGUCGGUCUCUGCAUCAACCUCCUGCCAGCUGCCCUGGCGGCCUACUCCACAACAGCCACAGAACUCGUCAGAAAUGCCGUCGAGGCGCUCCCGACUUACACCGAGCUCGUCAUCAAGAGCUUCGAGCGCUCAAAGAUGGUGGAGAAGGCCGACGGCUACUGGUCACAUCUGCUUAUGCGGCCGGCUGACCUCGACAUCCAGCCUGCGGUCGACAAGUUCAAUGCCGACUUCAAAAUCCCCCAGCACAAGAAGGCGUGGAUCGGCGUGACUGGCCGGACAUGGUCCACAAUCAGCGCACCGCCUUCGGUGCUCGCCAAGCUCGUCGAGAGCUGCGAGGAGGUCAAGGCGCUGCCUGGCAUGACACUCCCUGUCCGCGGUGCCGUACACGCUGGACACUUGCCCAACAUCCUUUACGACGAUGUCGUCAAGCCUUCGUUCAUCUGGGACCUGCCGGUACACGAGAAGGCCACGAUCAUGUCGACCAACACGGCGGUGCCGUACCCGCAACUGCCUCUGCGCGAGUGUAUGCGUCUGAUGACCCCCGAUGUCAUUCAGGGGCAGCUGCGCGUGGAUAAGACUUUUGCUGGUACCGUCGAGCGCCUCAAGGAGAUUGGUCUGCCUGUCGAGUUCUCCGUCUGCGGCCCUUCGGCGCAGACCGGCGCCUUCCUCAAGCAGCUCAAGGCCUCCAAGCUGCCGCUCAAAAUGGUUGAGCGCCCUCACUUCGACGCCUAUGCCGCCCCCCAGCGCGGCGGCACUGGCGCCAUCGCCAUCAUCGGCAUGGCUGGUCGCUUCCCUGGCAGCAACGAGAUGGACACGUUCUGGAAGACAAUGAUGGACGGCUCUGUGUUCGUGGAGAAGGUUCCCGAGAACCGCUUCAAGCUCGAGGAGUUCUAUGACGCCACGGGCAAGAAGCGGAACUGCAUGGUCACUACCGACGGCUGCUUCAUUGAUGACCCUGGCUCGUUCGAUGCCAAGCUCUUCAAGAUGUCUCCCCGUGAGGUCAUGCACAUGGACCCUGUCCACCGCUUGUUACUCAUGGUCACACACGAGGCCCUGGAGAAGGCCGGCCACAACCCCGAGAACAGCCUGGGCGAGGUUGCUCGCCGCACUUCGGUCUGGUUCGGCCAGAACGCCGACGUCUGGCGUGAGAUCGACGCGCAGCAGGGUGUCGAUGUCUACACGGCCCCUGGUCUUCUCCGUGCCUUCUCACCGGGCCGCAUCAACUAUCACUUCGGCUUCGAGGGCGGUUCCUACAGCUUGGACGCUGCGUGCUCGUCUUCUUCAACCACCAUCCAAUUGGCUUGCGCCGCUCUCGAGAACCGUGACUGCGAUAUGGCCGUCGCUGGUGGUGCCCAGAUUGCCAGCAACCCAUUCGAGUUCGCUGCUCUGGGCAAGUCUGGUUUCCUCUCCAAGGGAGGCGGCUGCAAGACCUUCCGCGCCGAGGCUGAUGGCUACUGCCGUGGCGAGGCUGUCGGUGUUGUUGUCCUGAAGCGCCUCGAGGACGCCAUCGCCGACAACGACAACAUCGAGUCCAUCAUCACCGGCUGGGGUCGCAACUACUCGGCCGACGCCUCGUCCAUCACGCACCCUCACCCGCAGUCGCAGGCCAAGCUGUACGGCCAGGUCCUGCGCCAGGCCAACCGCAAGCCCAGCGACAUUGGCUACGUCGAGCUGCACGGCACGGGCACCAUCGCUGGUGAUCUGUCCGAGAUGACGCUCGUCACCAGUGUUUUCAACGGCCACCACACCGCCAAGAAGCCCCUACACGUCGGUGCCCUCAAGGCCAACUUCGGCCACUCCGAGGCUGCUGCGGGUGUCUCGUCCACGAUCAAGGCCGCCAUGAUGGCCAAGCGCGGCAUGUGCCCUCCUCAGGCCUGCAUCACCCCAGAGACCAACUUCCACCCGGGCUUCAAGAACCUCGACAUGUCGUGCAUCAAGAUCGACAUGGAGCCCGCCGUCAUUGAGAAGCGCAACAUCAUGGUCAACAACUUUGACGCUGCGGGUGGCAAUACCUGUCUGCUCAUCGAGGCGCCCCCUGCCUUGCCUCCGAAGACCGCCGACCCUCGCAGCCACCACACUGUCACCAUCUCUGCCAGAACCAACAACUCGCUCAAGGGCAACAAGGAGCGGCUGCUCGCAUUCCUCGAGGCCAACCCAGGCAUUCCCAUUGCAGACGUUGCCUACUCCACCACGGCUCGCCGCAUGCACCACGCCCUGAAGGCCGCCUAUGUGGCCGGCUCGACCGAGGAUCUGGUCUCGCAGCUCAAGAAGGAGCUCGCGAAGCCCGCCAAGGACAUCAAGGUCCCCGGGAAGCCCAGCACGGUCUUCAUGUUCACGGGCCAGGGCUCUCACUACGCCGGCAUGGGCCACGCCAUGUACAACGGCAGCUCUUUCUUCAAGUACAAGAUGGACUACCUGCAGGAGCAGACCGAGCACAUGGGCUUCCCGAACUUCAUGGAGAUCAUCACCAACCCGGACGCCGACCUGUCCCAGUUCUCCACCGUGCAGGUCCAGCUCGCCAUUGUUGCGCUCGAGGUCGCCCUCGCCGAGACCUGGAUCUCCUGGGGGAUCAAGCCCAGCAUGGUCACCGGCCACAGCCUCGGCGAGUAUGCCGCGCUGGCCAUCUCCGGUGUCCUUGCCACCUCGGAUAUGCUCUGGCUCGUGGGCACCCGUGCCACCAUGCUGCAGGCUGCCUGUGCCAAGGACGAGUACGGCAUGCUCGCCCUGCAGGCUUCUGCCUCGGAUGUCGACGCCAUGCUGAAGGACGGCGGCUUCACAGACCUCGAGCACGCUUGCUUCAACGGCCCCAAGUCCAAUGUCGUGAGCGGCCCCAUGCCACGCCUGGCUGAGCUCGAGGCUGCCGUCAAGGCCAAGGGUCUUCGGGCCAAGCUUCUCCCUGUCCCCUACGCGUUCCACUCUGCCCAGCUGGACGCCAUCUUCGAGGAGUACAAGGCCACCGCCGCCAUCAUGCCUUUCAAUGCUCCCAGCAUCCCCGUCGCGUCCACGCUGACUGGCCAGAUCGUCGACAAGGAGGGCGUCUUCAACGCCGAGUAUCUUGCCAAGCACGCGCGGCAGCCAGUCCGCUUUGUCGACGCCCUGCAGAACAUCCAGCGCACCAAGACCAAGACACAGACAUUCAUGUGGAUGGAGGUCGGACCCAGCCCAAUCUGCUCGGCCCUGCUGCGCGAGACUCUCGACAUCCCGGCCACCGAGCUGCUCCUCUCCAUGAAGUCCGGAGAGCCGAACUGGAAGUCUACGAGCACCUCGCUUGCUCGUGCGUACGCUGCCGGCCUACACGUCAACUGGGCCGAGUAUCACCGCCACCACCAGGGGUCCGUUACCUUCGUCGACCUCCCCACGUACGCUUUCGACCUCAAGCCGUUCUGGAAGACGUAUACCAUGGAGACUGCCCUGGCUGCUGGUGUCCCUAUGGCCGACGGCGGACCCGUCAAGGCCAUCACCGCCACCGCUGGCUGCUGCCCCAACUGCGGCGGAGGUAAUGGCAAGUUCCGCCCUACCGCACUGGUUCAGACCAUCGAGAAGGAAGACAUUGGCAAAGACAAGAUCGACGUGACUUUCAAGUCUACCCUUGCGGACGAGCGUUUCCGCAACGUUCUCAAGGGCCACGAUAUCGAGGGCACGGCCAUCUGCCCGGCCUCGGCGUGGGUCGAUAUGGCCGCGACGGCCGCCAAGUACGUCCACGGCCACGCGCUGCCCGACAAGAAGUCGCUCGGCACGAUUGCGGACUUGGAGCUCGUCAACCCACUGGUCCUCAAGGACGCCAAGGUCACGCAGAACAUUGAGAUCCGUGUCGUUGCCGAGGCCAAGGACAAUUGGACUGCGCAUGUAACAUUCCGGUCGCAAACGGGCGACAAGGGCAAGUUCGACGACAACGGCCGAUGCAAGGUCGAGUCCACGGACCCUGCGAGCAAGAAGGCCGAGUUCGCGGCCAAGGGCGCUGCUGCCAAGAAGCGCGUCGAGACACUCAUGGCCAAGAACGGCGGCUCCUUUGUGCACCACAUGAAGCACAACAUCAUGUACCAGCUCUUCAACAGCACAGUGCGGUACGACAAGCGCUUCCAGGCCGCCCAGGAGGCGUUCAUCGACUACGACAGCCAGGACGCCGUGUCUGUCGUCAAGCUCACCAAGACCCCUGCCGCCGAUGCCAAUGCUUUCCUGCUUAACCCGUACCACUCGGACUCGCUUGUCCACCUGCCGGGCUUCAUGCUCAACACUGGCCGCGAGGACUCGGAGGACGUUCUCUUCUUCUCCUCGGGUAUCAAGGGCAUGAUGUUGGCAGAUGACUUUACCGAGGACAAGACAUACUACUGCUACACGAGCAUGAUCACGGACUCGAAGGGUGUUGCAAAUGGCGACAUCUUCCUCCUCAACGACAAGAAGGACCUUGUAGGCGUGGUGACCGGUGUCAAGUUCCACCAGAUGCGCCGGCAGGUACUCAAGAUGUCCCUGCAGCUGCAAGGUGGUGCUUCUGCUGCGCCAGCUCCCCGGCCUGCUGCUUCUGCUGCUGCAGCUUCGAAGAAGGCCAAGCCUGCUGCCGCUGCCGCGCCAAAGAAGGUCAAGAAGGUUGCUUCUACCAAGCCGGUCGCCGAGACGAAGACCAUGUCCAUGGCUGAUGCGUUCCUGGAUGCACUCAUGUCCGAGACUGGUCUCACUCCGGACGACUUGGACGAAGCCACGCUCCUGACGGAGCUGGGUGUUGACUCUUUGAUGGGCAUGGCCGUGCUUCAGAAGGUCCAGAACACGACUGGCGAGGCCCUCGCUGCUACCAUCUUCUUUGAGCUGCAGACUGUCGGCGAUGUCAAAGCUCAUCUCGGUGAGCAGAUGGUCUCUUGCUCCUCGGGUCCUGCCGCCGAAGUAGAGGAGGAAGAGGUUGAGGAAGAGACUGAGGCCGUUGACAUUGAAGAAAUCGAGCACAUCGACGAGGCAGCGGCCCCUGCUGAGCUGGCUGCCUCCGAGGCCCAAGCUCCCAACCCCCAGACUUCUGCCGCCGAAGGCCCGCUGAGCAUUGGUGACGCCUUCAUUAAUGCCCUCAUCUCACAGACUGGUAUCGAUCCUUCUGACCUUGAUGACGCUACCAUGCUCACUGAGCUUGGAGUCGAUUCUCUCAUGGGCAUGGCUAUCCUUCAGGAAGUCCAGAACGUGACUGGAGAGACUUUGCCUGCCACCAUCUUCUUCGAGCUGCAGACCAUUGGUGACGUCAAGGAACACCUUGGCGGAGACUCGGUUGACACCAGUGCUGAUGCUUCCUCGGUCGACGAGUCUCCCAACUUCACUCCUGCCGAGAGCAUGUCCGAGUCGACUAGCGUCUCCUCUGACGCUGACCAUGCAGAGGUGCAGAAGCCGAUUGACCCUUCAGAGCUGACCGAGAAAUACACCAGCAAUGCCGUUCUCCUCCAGGGCAAUAGCAAGUCAACCCAACGACCUUUGUUCUUCGUUGCCGGCUCCAGCGGUGCUGCCUCCAUCUACGCCAAGAUCCCCAGGCUCGAUUCUGGGCUUCCUGUGUAUGCCCUCGAGUUCCCCUUCCUCAUGUGCCCUGACGAGAUGCAUUACCGCCCAGAGGAUAUUGCUUCCGUAUACCUCGCCGCCAUCAAGAAGAUCCAAAAAGAGGGCCCUUACCUCAUUGGUGGCUAUUCUGCCGGUGCUGUCCACGCGUACGAGGUCGCUCGCCUUCUCCUCGAGGCUGGUGAGCAGGUUGAUCACCUUCUCUUGUCCGACAUGAAGGCCCACUGUCCCGGCGAGACCUGGACUGAGCCACCGGCUAUGGAGGAUCAGGAGGCUGCUGGAAGCUCCAUCAAAGCCGUUGACAAGCAGGUCGGCAACCGCAAUCGGACAGCAGACCUGGCCAAGAAGCAGCGCUACGCCUCGCUGCAGUGUAUGUACAACUGGAAGCCAACACCCAUGUCCCCCGGCAAGCAGCCCAAACACGGCACCACCAUGAUCUGGGCCAGAUCGGGCAUGUGCGAGCGCUUCAAGAUCCCCGGCAUGGAGGCUGAUCCAUCGAUCGACUGCAUGGACGCGGAGAGCCGGAGCUACAAGAAUUGGUUCUACUCACGCCGGUCAACAUACGGGGCGCACGGAUGGGAUGUUCUGUGCGGACCUGUCGAGUGCCAUGUCAUGGAUGGCGACCACUGGAACAUGCUUGAGCCGCCUUAUGUCGCAAAACUCGCAGACCUGAUGAACCAAGCCAUAGUUAGUCUGCCAUAA